GAUGGUUGCACCGCGGAAGGUGCAAAGUAGCUCGACGUAAUAGUAUGUUGCUGUGCGCGCUUUGUUUGAAAAUGGAGGCGAUGAUGUUCUUAUCAUGAAUGGGUCUAUUUCGUCUGAUAUUGACAUUGUCGACCAUUUCUUCACAAGGCCUUAAUUAUGGUGUAUAAAUGUAAGAUACUUCGAAAUCAUUCAUACGCGGCGGUCCAGUGCAUUGUGGGAUGGUAAUGGUGGGCGCGUGAUUUUGAACAAAUACAGAAUGCCAGCUCCAGAUACAGGAGGUACUGAAACCCCACCUGGGGCUAGAGCAAUUGUUGAAGCUUUAGGCCUGGACGCUGGUGCUCUUGCAGAUGGUGAUCUCAGUGCUCUCACAUAUCAGCAUUCAAAUGAUCAGUUUAAUCCAUCAGAGUUUGAAGCAUUGGCCCAUUUCCCACCAGAACUAGAUUGUUUGAAUUCUACUGUUGAAGUUGAAAGUUCGUUGGGUGAUGCUCUGGAUAGUGCUGGUGAAGUGCUAAGUGUAGAAGAAACAGUGGAAUCUGUGGAAAUUGUUACAAGUGUACAUGACCCAAAUGAAGUGCCCCAUUCUCCAGGCUCUAUCCUCCCAGAUAUUGUGGAAGAAGAAUCUACUGAUGAUAUGGACAUCAAUGACAUGGGAAUAUCAGACUCACCUGAGGCUGAUGCAUUACAACUAUCAUCAUCCUCCCAUCACUUAGCCUCCUAUGGAAACAGUUUGGCGUUUACGUCGUCACCUAUGAAUGCAAAAACUCCACAGGCUGGUUCAUCAAUAGUGGUGAUACAGUCUCCUGUUGCAUCAAGUACGUGUUUAACACCCACAAGUUUCUCACAAACACAUGUUACAGUUAGUGGUGGACAAAUUGUUGGAAAGAUUGCAGGAAUGUCAGGUAACGUACCCAUUGGCACAAUGCCUCAGUUCCAGCCAAUAACUCAGACACUAGUGACAGCAAAGUCAUCGGAUGGUAAUAUAGUUCAGCUACGUCCAACAAAUAUGAACAGGCAAGCAGCUAUGACAUCUCCAACCAACUUUACCUCUUCAGCACUUCAGGGAAUUAAACCUUUGCAAGCCACUGUCAAGAGACCAGCUGCUGCCACAUCUGGACAGAUAAGAAAUGUAUUUGCAAAAGUAAUUAUAACAGGGAACCAACAAAACCAGCAAGGACAACCAGUAAUGUUAACAACAUCUCAAGCUGAAGGACUGACUACUGGACAGCCACUCAAAAUAGUUACUAGUACAGGACAAAGUAGUACAUCUACACUAUUGGCAAGCCCAACUAAAGCUAUUACAUUAGCUCAGGCACAGCAGAUGGGGCUGAUACAACCUACAAGAAUUCAUUCUGUGGCUCCAAGUUCUCCCAGUAAGAACAUUGUUGUUAAUAAGUUUGUAACAUCUCCAGUAAAAAUGCCAGCCAAAUUAGUAAUGCCAGCAUCUACAGUUGUGAAGAUUCCUACAAAAAUUCUGCCUGCACCUACAAGUAUGCAACAAUCUCUUGGGGGUGUUGCAACAGUUUCUGGUGCUACAUCAGCAGUUUCAACAGUUAAUACUAGUGUCAAGCCACUAAGCCCUCAGAAAGUCAUCAUUAGGCAGGGUUCCUUAAAACCAGGUACUGUACUUACAUCAUCUACAGGAAGUGGUCAAGUUAUCAGUAUACCUGCAACCCAAAAUGUUAUGGGUCCUGCUGUAAGCAUUGCUCAAGUUCAGAUGCCAGGAUCGCGGCAGUUGCAGUAUGUGCGACUCGUCAGCACAGCAAGUGGCAGUACAUCAACAGUGGCAAGUACAGCUAGGGCAUCCACUGAUGGUCUGCUGUCUGCAACGGCAGUCAGUGCCACCGCCAGGCCUUUAGCGAUGUCAACAGUACGCUCGCAGCCGCAGGCUGUGAAGAUGGUACCAAUAGCACCAGCAGCACCCUCAGUCCGAACGGUUGUUCCAAAACCUGCCUCUGGUCAACCUGCACAGAGGAUCCUCAUUCCUGCAGCUACUCCAGUGUCACAGCUUCGAGGAGCUCAGAAUGUAGCAACGCUUCAAGCUUCAACAGUUACAGGAGCAGCUAUUCUUCCAUCUGGUGGUAACAGCUACGUGAUGCUGCCAGCACACUAUGUGGAGCAAGUUAAAAAUUUACAGGCACAGCAGCAACUAAAUCAGCAAAAACAGCAAGAGCAUCAGAUGCAACAAGAAGAACAGCAGCAAGAGCAACAGCUGCAGCAAGCCCAUCAGUUUCAGCAGCAACAACGUCACCAUCAGCAGGCACAACUGCAGUCCCAGAAGGAGAAGACGCAGACACAGCAGCAGGAAUCUAGCAGUGCCAACAUCCUAAGCUCCAGUGGGAGCCACAGCCAGGCUACUGGUCCUGUGAACACAGAUACCCCAGCUCCUCCGCGUUCAGGAGCAUCAUCCCGCACCACGUUGGAGCCCAAUGGCAUUAGGCCUCGAAAACCGUGUAACUGCACCAAAUCCCAAUGUCUGAAACUGUACUGUGACUGCUUCGCAAAUGGAGAAUUCUGCCACAUGUGUAACUGUAACAACUGCUAUAACAAUCUUGACCAUGAAGAAGAUCGUCAGCGAGCUAUAAAGUCAUGCUUAGAGAGAAAUCCAAAUGCAUUUCGUCCAAAAAUUGGCAAAGGCAUGGUAGGGGAUGAAAGGAGGCAUAAUAAAGGCUGUAACUGUAAACGCUCUGGCUGCCUGAAAAAUUAUUGUGAAUGUUAUGAGGCAAAAAUACCUUGUUCAAAUAACUGCAGAUGCAUUGGUUGUCGCAAUGUAGAAGAAAGUUGUGACAAAAAGUCAUUGAGAGAUUUGGCAGAUGCUGCAGAAGUUCGUGUACAGCAGCAGACAGCCGUCAAGAACAAACUGUCAGCACAUAUACAGGAUAUUGCGCGUCCUCAGGCAUCAACACCGUCUGGCUCUAGGCAUGCAUUCAACUUCAUGACCCAAGAUGUUAUACAUGCAACAUGUCAGUGUAUGUUAGCCCAAGCAGAAGAUUCUGAGCGCAGUAAUAAUUCAGAGACUCAAGCAGAGAGACUGAUUUUGGAAGAGUUUGGUCGCUGCCUAGUCCAGAUCAUAGAAUGUGCCAGUAAGACGGAAGCUAGUGCAGUACAGAUGUGAAGAAUUAGUCAUCCAAGCUUUACACUGUAUCAGUUUCUGUGCAAAGAAAACUGGAAAAUAUUUUUUAUGAAAGUGCAUUUUUCAUUGUUAAAUAUAAAAGUGCUUUAUGUAAAUACAGUGAUUAAACCACACUUCCCUUUGACUUCAGAAAAUAUUCCCCCCCUGCCCCCCUGAUGUGUUCACGGAUAGUUCACAAUUUGUAAGGUUUUGUGGUUUCAGCGAUAGUGAACUGUAUAUUAGACUGAAAGUGCAGUGUAAAUAUUUUACAUUCUUUUUAUGAUCACAGAUUUUCUGUGAAAUGUGUUUCUUAAGACUGAAAAUAAUUGUUUUAUCUGGCAUGAUAUGACAGCAGGGUCUUUCAGACAAAAUGUACAUUUUAUGUAUAAAAUCAGACCUUCAUAUACAAUGAAUAGAGAAAUAUUUUAACGGCUAAUAAGUAUGCCAAAAAAAGAGCAUCAGCUGGCAAUAAAACAGUUUCUCGUAGAUUAUUUUUAUAUUUAUCGAUUUACAAAAUUAUUUUAUCAUGUGUAUAGUUUGAUUCUGUGUACAAGGUGCAAUAUUAUGUGUGCAGUCACAUAACGUAUUAUUACUUUUACCUGUUUUUAUUUGUGUGCUGUUUUGCGAGGAAGAGUGUUUUAUUAUGUAUAAUUUAUUUGUCCUGCUUUGUUGAGAUCUGUGUAUAUCUUUUAUCUAUAACUGUACAUACCACAGAAGAAAAUGUUGUAAAACUUUUGAGCUAUG